AUGGGCCUCGCGUGGGAGAGCGUGCGGUGGCGCGACGGCAGCGUGUACGAGGGCACGGCGGUCGACGGCAAGGCGCAGGGCCGCGGCACCCUGCGCUACGCCAACGGCGACAAGUACGAGGGACAAUUUGCGAGCAACUACCAGCACGGGUUCGGCGCGUACGUGUGGAAGGAUGGCACGGUCUACCGAGGGCAGUGGGCGCUGGGCGAGAUGCGGGGCUGCGGCGUGAGAAUCUCGAAGGGCCACGGGGGAGGGUUCGAUGUGGAGGAAGGGUACUUCCACAACGGCGACCAUGUCGGCGAACUCUGGGGCUGCUCGGUGCGAGCUGCCAGGUAA